UAUAGAAAAUGCAGAUUUUAAUAGCGUUAAGCUCGAUAAACGGACAUCAUUCAGAGUUGAAAUUGAAAGUUAAACAGUGCUUUUAUUUUGAAGGCGAAUGUGUGAAGACAUUUUUAAUGCUGAGUCGUUAGUGGGGGGCUUCACAGUUUCAAGGACGCUUGACAGCAGCAGCAGUUCAGUCUCUGUGUGCUGUAUUUAUUUACAGGAUUAAAAUAUUACAUUGAAUGAAUGACAGUGAGAGGACUGUGUGUAGUAUCUCGCUGUAGGGUCUGGUAACGCUAUGAGAGCCGCGGACACCGGGAUUAUCCUGUUAGAAAAGCUACAGCUACUAGUUAUCUGCGUAUCGGGUGUUUAACGGGUAGCCGGGUUAGCUUCACUGAGCCCGGUGAGAUCAACAUCAGCUGGAGCCGCGGUUCACACUUCCCACAAUAAUCCGGAUUAAUGUCUGAAAGAUAGCGAGUGGUUUAUGAAUCGGUGUUGUUAGCCAGGUUGGGGGUUUCUGUGCUGCAGGAUGAGCAGGUAGAGGGACGCGGUGCGUAUCCGAGCUGUGGUUAGUUAGAGAUGGUGGAGUACCAUGAGAAUUUACAGAGCGCGCAGAGCUGCUCGGAUGGACCCGCUCUGUCCUACCGACCUCCCGGGCCUCCUCCCCCGCUGCUCGGCCGGGACUGUCCCCGGCUCCAGCGGAGCAGCGUGUGCUCCCGGGCUUACUUCGUGGUGGUAAUGGUUUUCUUCCACCUGUAUAUAAUAAAUAUCAUCGCCCUGCUGCUGUAUGUGCACUAUAACACCGGGACCGGGGAGGCUCCGAGCAGCGAGCCCAGCCUCCCGGACAGAAGCCCGAGUGUACCGAUCGCUCCUCCGGCGCCCAGCGAGCUCCACACGGCCUCUCCAGCUCAGAGCUUCCAUCUAACACGCCUGGAGGGCAUACGGGUGGGUCACAAGCAAACAGUGUCCCUCAUUCCUGACAGGACUCAUAAACUGCGGACCCUCAGCCUGAAACCACUGUUAUUCGAAAUUCAAGGCUUUUUGAGUCCAGAGGAGUGUGGGGUGGUAAUGCAGCUGGCACAGUUGAAGGGCCUAACAGGCAGCCCACAGCCAGUGCCCAUAGACAGCCAGGAGGAGCAGCUGACUCAGGAUGAGCUCUUCAGUCUGCUGGACCUCAACCAGGACGGCUUACUGCAGAGAGAAGAGAUUUUGGGACUGUCACUCUCUAAAGAUGGAUCCUGGCUGAGCUCAUACAACUUGCGGGAAAUCCACAUGGGUCUCGAAAGAAACCCUGCCGGAGUGCUUUCACUACAGGAGUUCAGGAAGGUGAGUGGCAGUGUUUUCCGGCAGGGCGGUCCUGGGCAGGGCUUGUAUGGACAGAACCAAAUUAGACAGAAGAGCACACAAACCCGGCUGUACCUGGGGGAGGGCAGUCAUUACCUACUAAAGAGCAUCAGAAACAGGGUAACUCGUUUGACUCGACUACCGUCGCCAUUGGUUGAUCUCAGUGAGCCGCUGGAGGUGGUUCGCUACGAGCAAGGUGGAUACAGUCACGCCCAUCACGACAGCAGCCCCUCCCAUCCAGACAGCUGCUGUGCUCACACACAUCUGGCUGCAAACAGUUCCGCUCCCAAUCAGAGAUCCUGCAGGUACAUGACUGUGCUGCUGUUUCUGAAUUCGGUGGGCGAAGGCGGGGAGAGCAGCUUUCCUGUGGCAGAUAACCGGACCUACGAGGAAGAGGCCUUGGGUGACCUCUUUCAGCAGUACUGUGUAAAAGGGAAUCUGAAGAUUAAGCCUGUAGCUGGAACAGCCCUGCUGUGGUAUAACCACCUCUCAGAUGGGAAUGGGUGGGUAGGUGAACUGGACGAGUUCUCACUGCAUGGUGACUGCGCUGUUACUCGAGGCCACAAAUGGGUAGGCAACAUCUGGAUCAAUGUGGACCCUGACCAUCUACGCCAGGAGCGCUACCAGCGCUUGGUCUCUGGGCAACCCCUAAAGUCCGAAGAUCGGGGAGCACAGCACGGUGAUCUCCACGAGGAUUUAUGAGCUUUAUAGCUUUCCACCAACACUGCCCUUGUUGUGCUCGGCUAAGAUUGUUUUUUUGCACCAAAAUACUCAUUUUUAUCAUUGUAACGCACACUCUAAAGCUGAACUCAGGUUUUCAGUAAUGGCCGACUUAGCUAACAGCACCUUUUGUAGUUGUACUGCAGCCUGGAGUGGGGCAGAUAUAUGGCACAUAACUAUAAAACACUUUUAGUACUUUAUAUACCUCAAAGCAAAUACUAUCAAAAGCAAAUAUUUGAUUAAAAGUCUAUUUAUUGAGGAAGUUAUUUAUUGACUGUUGCAUAUCUACUGUAAGUUAUUAAUUUAUUUGUUCAGUGAAAUUUAUUUAAUGCACUUUAUUUGCACAUACUGUAUUUUCCUCUGUCGUUGUUUGGUGUACACAAUGAACUUUUUUUUUGGUUUAAUUUAUUGCAGUACAUACAUUUUAACUGUGAUUAUCCAGUUAAAGGUCCUAAUUAAGAUUUUAAGUGAUUAAUAAAUAAAAACCACUGAGUCUUUCUUAA